AAUAUCAUUGGUUAGUUUGAGACACGUGAUAAAGAAAAACUCUGCUUAUUGGUUACAUUUUGGGUGUCAAUAGUUAUUGUUUCUAUCUCAUAUAUGAUUUUUCACACAACAACAUUAAUCAUUUUUGUUCAACUGUUCGUUGGAGGUGUUACACACAGACAGUAUGGCUUUCAAAAUUUUGACUUUAAUUUUAUUGCUUUUUGCUAUCAAAUACGUUUUCACUGAAGGUAAUCUUUACUUUAUACACAACGUUAACGACAUCAAAAAAGGAAAAGUUACAAAUCAUUAUAAAGGAUUCACAAGAACUACUUGCUUGUUAAAAUGUCGUAAUGACCAAGCUUGUGACACGGCAUAUUUCAAAGCAGAACAGGAUAAUAACUCAUUUGGAGAGUGUUGGUUUGUUAAAGAAGGAGGUGAGGAUGAGUUGAAGUUACCAAAAAUAUCAGAUGGAGAAAAAGUGGAAUGGUUUAAGAAUGUAUCUUCUUGUGGGACUAAGAAGAAAAACACGUGCUCUAAGGCCGACGGUUGGAAGUUACAAGCUUCCAAUGUUUGUUUUGGUGCAAAGGAUAGUAGCUAUGGAAAUUUUACUUUGAAGCAUUCUGGCAUCAUCACGAAGGUGAAACUUAACCAUACGGGUGAAGAACCUACAUUGACUUGCAACAACGUAACUGGUAGCGUUGGCUCUCGAUGGGGCUGUAAUCCUUAUUCAGGGAUUUGGACCGCAAUCACUGACAAAGACAACACAAUCAUAAUUCCAAAAAAUCCAGACCAGUUUUCUCGGUACUCUCUUGCUGGAUAUCAUCCAAACUCAUCAUACCUUCAAUUUGAUAAUCUGAACAUACGAGCAAGAUAUGGAGAUGAGUUAAGGAUCUGGUACAUUCCAGAUUUAAAAAAUAGAAGUGAGCAUGAUAACGGAGGAAGAUCAUGUACAGACGUUCAUGCUAUGUUUUGCGAUUAACUUAAAUUUAUUUAAAGAAAUAAUGAAUUCCCGUCAUUCUAAAUCUUGUGUUUAAAUUUUGUUUGUUGUAAAUUCGGAAAUUUAGCUAUGUUUUCUGAAGUUUAACGUACAAACAUAUAAAAGAGAGAACAGACACUCACAACGAGGUUACGUUCAUACAAAAAUUUAUAAAAAGAACAUAAUGAGUCAGAAUUCUGGAGUUCUGUUCUUACUAUUAAGAACGAAAUAAGAAAAAGUCUCAAAAGACAAGAACAGCCAGCCCCAGGUCGGAUUUUAAAGUUUCAUAAGAAUGUAUGAUGUAAAUGCUAAAUAUAUAUCUUACAUGUGACAUUGUUUUAAAAAACUACAGGAUUUUUCUCAAAGUAACGUGUUUUUGGCCUUAAAAUAAAUUUAGUCAUGGGAGUUUUCUUUAUCUUUAUUUUCUCUAUGCAAGUUAACAUACACUGUAUAUAUAAUUCACAUUUUAUUUAUUAUAUAUCAAAAGUACCAGUUCGAGACCAUUAAUAUGAUUUCAAAUCUCUUUCUCACAAUCAAGCAAAUAU